CAAUUCGAAUGUUGCCCCUUUCAUAUUUACCUGCAACUCUUCCUCCAGUCCCAGUCCCAGUCCCAGUCCAAGUCCAGACCGCCACUGUGAUUCUCGAUUUUUCCAAUAGCUUUCGAUUUUGAUCCAAGGGAGCUUAACCUCUGCACAUUUUGUUCUGUAUAUUUUGCCCCUGACCAUGGCGCCGCCCGAUCUCCGCCGCCCGUUCAAACGGCCUGCCUUCUCCGAUCAACAGAAGCGGCGGGAUAUAUCCUUGCAACGGCAAGCCCAGAACCGCCGCGACGCCCAGCACCAGGCCCGCUGUUUGGCCCUCACUACCAUGUCCGUUCAAAACGAUUCUGCCGCCGCCUCCGAGCCCGAAUACGAACACAGCGAGCCCGAUUUUGAAAUUGAGCCCGAGGCUGCAGUUAAGGCCAGAGAUUUUGACGUUAGAGAAGCGGCCAGCCUAAGAGGGCGCGAAGCCCGCCGAUGGUUCGCAAAGCAGCUCAUGCUGCCCGAAUGGAUGAUUGAUGUUCCCGACCGCUUAAAUUCCGACUGGUAUGUGUGUGCUAGACCGGCUGGGAAACGUUGUUUUGUUGUGUCAUCGAAUGGUGUCACGGUUAGUAGGUUACGCAAUGGUGGUUUGUUGCAUCGCUUUCCGUCUGCUUUACCAAAUGGUUCCAGGUCAAAUAACAGCAACCGGUCUGGCCAAUCUUAUUGCAUACUCGAUUGUAUAUUUCACGAGGCUGAUCAAACUUACUAUAUAAUUGACAUGGUUUGCUGGGCGGGAAUGUCAAUGUAUGAAUGUACCACAGAGUUCAGAUUUUUCUGGUUGAACAGCAAGCUUGCUGAGUCAGGGGCUUGCACCGAUCCUUCACCUCACCAUAAAUAUGCGUUCAGGACACUUGUCGUAUACAACUGCGACCAGGAGGGUCUAAAAGCAGCUUAUGCUGGCCCAGUCUCAUAUCUGAAGGAUGGGCUGUUGUUCUACAAUAAGCAUGCACAUUAUGAAUCAGGAAAUACACCUUUGGUACUAGUAUGGAAGGAUGAGAAUUGUAGCCAAUAUGUUCUUGAUACAGAUAGUAAGGGUCAGAUUCCAGAUCAGCAGCAGGUAGUCUUGGAGCUAUUAGAUGAUGGGAGAUUGGCUACCUUAGAUGAUCCUCCUGUUAUAUUUGGUUGCUUGGACAGUGAUUUCAUCCAAAAGACUGAAAGUCAGACUGGGGAUCUCCUAAGAUUUUCCAUCAAUGAAGGAGCUUUAUAUUUUAAAGAUGGGCAGCUAGAAAGGGCUGAUCUAAACUAUCUCGGAAAGCCUAACCGUUCACGGGCAUUUGCGGAUAGUUACUCCAAGGUGAUGUUCCAGUAUGCAGCUAGGCAUUCUCCUCUAAGAAUAGAGCAUCUACUUGCAUCAAUUGAGUUCUCCAACAACCAUGAAACAUUCUCCAACAACCAUGAAACUACUACUGACGCAGAUAUGCUUGGUUGACCAAAACUUUGCCAUAUUCAUGAAUGAUCAUCAUUUUUAAUUGUUCAGAUAAUACAGUGCGUGUUGAAUGGAAAUCAUAUGUAUGCAUGAAUUAUGAUCAAAAUUCAAAAGCAGCGAUCGCUAAUUCCUAGCAAUGAAUGAUGCAAUUAACCAGUGCUAUUGUACUUAGCUAGCUAGCAAGCAAGGUGUUAAAACUCUUAAAUUUUGUCUCA